AUUGAGAUCAAAGAGACCAUCUUCAUUCCUUUUCAGUUGCAUCAUCUCAGAGUUCUUGCUGCCAUUCAUACUGGUAGCGGAGCUCCAGUGAAGGAGCAUCCAGGGGUUCAAUGACAACUGCAGCAGAAUCGACCGGCGCUGUGGGGGUCAGCAAUCAGCUGGCAUCUCUGGUUCCUUCAUUUGACCCUUCAAAGGAUGACAUGGUACAGUAUCAGCAGCGUGUUGAGUUGGUCAUGGCGGCCUGGCCCAAGACGAAGAUCACUGAGCUGGUCACCCGCCUCAUACUCAACUGCCAAGGCUCGGCAUUUGCGAAGCUGCAGCUGCACCAGUCGGAGCUUCUGACCGGCGAGGAAUCUUCGGUGAAGCGGCUGAUUGAGAUCCUAGGGGGUCAGUGGGGAAGAAUCCCUUUGGAGAAACAGUACCAGGAGGCGGAGGAAGCCAUUUUCCAUACCAUACAGCGAGCAGAUGAGUCGAAUGACAGUUUUCUGGCAAGGUCAGACGUCAUGUGGAGCAAACUUCUGGCUCGAAAACUGACGUUGGAAAGCCUGCAGGCUUACAUCACCUUGCGGGGUUCCUGCUUGUCGGCCGAGGACAAAAAGCGUGUGGUAAUGGAAAGUGAGGCUGAGGGAUCACUGACGAUGAAGAAAGUCAGUGAAGCCAUCCGUUUACUUGGUGCUGCAUUCUUUCAUGAUGUCACUGGUUUGAAGAAAGGUGCAAAGACGAAGGUGUAUGAUCAGACAGUACUUGUGAGUGAAACCCAUGAUGAUCCUUAUGAAAAUGAAGAUCCCCCUCAUAUGCCUGAAGAGAUGUUGAAUGAUGAGCAUUUGGAAGCUUUAGCAGCCGAAGGUGACGCUGAUGCUGCGUUGAUUCUGGACUUCGAACAAGCCGCUCAGGAUACGGUUCAGGAAGACCAAGAUCUGGCAGUGGCAAUGGUGUCCUAUCAACAGGCACGUCAUCGACUGCAGGAGCGCUUCAAGAAUCGAGGUUUCUUUCCAGCUCGUCCUUUCCCAAAUGCUGGCAAGGGGAAGGGGUCGUUCAACAAAGGAUUUGGGAAGGGCAAGGGGAGCAAUUCAUGGGACAAUCGACCAAAACGGUCACUCCAAGAUCGAAUCAUGAACAGUUCAUGCCGUCUCUGUGGGCAACGUGGCCACUGGAAGGCAGAGUGCCCUAUGCGUGGCACUUCAACAGGUUCAGCACCUUCGACAUCCGGUGGUAACACAGCACCCACCACAACUGUGAUAGCUGAUUCAGAAGCCAUGGACAGCUUGCCACUCGAGUUCGUGAAUCUCCCUGAUGAUUUGAUGCCAUCUCUUGACAUAGAUCAUGAGUAGUGCCCGGUCCAGUGAUGCGCAUCCGAUUCCGUGUACAGAUCAUCCAGUGCCUGAGCCGUUUUGCCAAUCGCAUUUUGCGAAGGAUGUCAAAAGAACAUCCAUCAGAUCCAACACCAUUCCAAUCAUGUCAGCCAGCCAGGACGUGCAGUGUGCUCUGUUUGCAACCCAUGGCACUCACGGUGUUUUAGACUUAGGAGCAUCGAAGACGGUGAUUGGAUCCAAUCAUGUUGCCGAUCUUUUGAAUGGCUUGGACCCUGCAAUCAAAGAGAAGGUCACCAAAACCAGUUGUGACAUUACUUUCAAGUUUGGCAAUGAGGGAGUUCUCCAUAGUAGCUAUGCAAUUGUUCUUCCGAUUGGUCGUCUCAAGUUGAAAGUAGCCAUUGUGAAGGGAGGUACCCCGCUUCUGUUGUCGAAUUCUCUGAUGAGAGCACUCGGAGCCAGGAUUGACUGCGAAAACCGUUGCCUCAUCAGCCCACUGCUGGAUUGUGAAGUUCCAUUAAAGCUCACUUCUCGGGGUUUGUUUCUCAUUGAUGUGAACAGCUUGGCAGUGGCAGCUAGGCCAACCUUGGAACAAUCCGUAGGUGAGCCCACGCAGAUUCAUCAGACCUUUGUGACCGUCCGCCAGAAGGAAAAGAUAGCAGGAUCAGUGCCAGUUCAGCAGGAUCAAUAUCAAUCACCAUCACCUCUUCAGGUGCCAUUUCCAUUCAGUGAAUCCAAGGGAGAGCCACAUGACACUCUCAACGUUCAUGCGACCCAACCUGAAACCAUGGUAGCUGUGCUGAAGUCUCAAAGUCAUCCAAGUCCCAGUGAAUCCACCGAGUGUCCAACCCUUCCGGCCGUAGACCAUGACCAGAAGGUGCAGUUCGGGCAGAAGCAUCUGGGACGCCCCUUUCAUCAAGUUUGGGAGGAAGAUCAAGAGUGGAUCUCGUUCAUAGCCAGCAAGUAUGCCGAGUCCACCAAGAUGUCUCACCGGUUGAUCGUUCGGUACAUAACUCUUCGUGUGGAACAACACGAACGCAGUCAAACACCGAUUCGUGUUGCCCCACCGGCCGAGUCCCAAGCUGCGUCCAGCCAGCUGCCCAUGAGUCUCCGUCCCGUUCCCAAGAUCAAGGCCAAGCCAAAGGCGGCCAGCCAGAUCCCUCACUCCGAGAUCGUGCAUUUGCCAGACAUGGAGGCAGAAGAGGAAGAGUGGAAUUUAGGGACGUACCAGAGUGGAUAUACGGAACCAACCCCCAUGAAUGCCGACAUGAUGGCCAUGCAGACUCGCAUGUUGCAUCUCGAGAAUGCAUUGACCCAAGUGAUCCAGCACAUGGAACACCAAGCGGGCAUCCAUCAGCCAGUGCCCGAGGACCAGGUGGCAUUUGAAAAGCAUUGGGAGAAGUUUGAUCAAUUAUCCCAUCGACAGCUGGUCAGGAGAUCACUGCCAGCGGAGGGUGAACCCGAGGGUCCCGAACUCCCCAGUGACCUUACUCAUAUCCAGAACCAAAUCGACAGAAUGAAUCAACUUCCCACGAUUGAUGAACAUGUCCCAUUGGAAAACAUUGAGGAGCCCAUCGAGUCACCAGCCCACAUGCCAGAACCAGCGGUGGCCCGAGAACGCCUUGGGAGCACAGCCGAAUCACUUGCACAGCCAGAUCAGGAGCCAGAAAUUAAUAGUCACCAGCCAUCCAUCAAUUCUCAAGAAUCUGGAUCCGAUUCAGAACAGACCACAGUUCAACUUUUGUGCAUCGAUGAUGAUGAUGAAGUUUAUUUUUCAACUGAGCACCCUGAUUUUGCGUUUCGCUGUGAAUUCGAUGUGCCUGCUCAUGCCGUGCCCAAAGAUGCCAAUGCGGAGAGUGAUCAAGUUGCAUGGACUCUGCUGUCCAGCGGCAGUGCCAAACAACGCACCGAAGUAAAAAUGUCAGAACUCACCCCUCAAGAAAAGACUCUUUUUGAACAAGCCAAACAAAAGGAAAUUGACAAUUGGAUCCAAACCAAUACCAUCACCAAAGUUUUGAAGAAUCAGAUUCCACUCGAACAGGUCAUGCGCAGUCGAUGGAUUUUAACCUGGAAGCCACUAGAUGAUGUCAAUCAAGAUGAGAUUUCCCAAAGGUGCUCUAGUAAGACCCAUAAACCCAAGGCACGUCUAGUUGUCCUAGGAUACCAAGACCCCAAGAUAGAUGAAAUCCCCAGAGAUAGUCCCACCCUUGGUAAGACAGCUCGCAUGAUCAUCCUCCAAGCCAUCGCCUCACAUGGAUGGCAACUAAUGUCAUUCGACAUCAAGGCGGCGUUUCUUCAGGGUCGACCACAAUCCGACCGCAUCAUGGGCUUAGAUCCAGUUCCAGAGCUGCGGCGAGCCAUGGGUAUGCAACCCCAUGAAAUAGGCAAGCUCAACAAAAGUGCAUACGGAUUAAUCGACGCCCCAUACUUGUGGUAUUGUGCUUUGGUUUCUGAACUGACGUCACUAGGAAUGGAGGUAAGCCCCUUUUGUCCUUGCACAUUCGUACUUCGUGAUAAAACUAAUCCCCAAAAAUUAUCUGGUGUACUUGGCAUUCACGUUGAUGAUGGAGUUUGCGGGGGCAAUCAGGAAUUCCAAGAGCUUAUCAAGAAACUUGAAGAAAAGUAUCCAUUCGGUUCAAAGAAAUUGGGAUCCUUCACUUUCACGGGUAUUGACCUCACCCAAAUGGAAGAUUAUAGUAUAAUCUUGAGCCAAUCCCAGUAUGUGAGAAAGAUUAAACCUAUCCCAAUUGACAGUCAAAGAAAGUUUCAGGUAGAGGCCGAUGUCACGGAAUCAGAGCGAGGACACCUACGUGGACUCGUAGGUUCCCUCCAAUAUGCAGCAGUGAACACACGACCUGACCUAUCCAGUAGACUAUCCAUGUUGCAAUCAUCAAUCAACAAAGCCAAAAUCGAAACACUCCUAGAAGGGAAUCGUUUACUGCAUGAGGCAAAGAAACAUCAUGAUGUGACCAUUCGAAUCAGACCCAUACCUGUUGAAGAUUUUCGGUUCAUGGCAUUUUCCGACGCUUCAUUCGCAUCCCAAAGAAAGCCCGAUUCACACACAGGUCUAGUCAUUGUUGGCACCCACAAGUCUAUUUGUGAGAAUAUCCAGUGUCCUAUCAGCCCGAUCACAUGGGGUUCCAAGAAAAUUCAGAAGGUAGUGACGAGCACCCUAGCGGCAGAGACAGUGUCCCUUGCUGCAGCACUAGACCAACUUGGAUGGCUUCGCCUGUUUUGGGGAUGGCUCCAUAAUCCUGACACGAAUUGGCGUAAUCCUGAGGAAUCCCUUUUAAAGAUUGAGCCUGCCAUCUCAGUACCAACACUGCCUGAAUUUUCCGACUUGGCAGUCACUGAUUGCAAGAGUUUAUACGACCUAGUAACAAGGACAGCACCACCGUCAUGCACGGAAUUUAGAACACAACUCAUGGCCCGAUCCAUAAAAGAAUCCCUCAAGGAGGGUAUCCAACUAAGAUGGGUCCAUGGUGGUGCCCAACUGGCUGACGCACUGACAAAGAUAAUGCAAGCCAACUUUCUCAGAGCCACUCUCAAAAUAGGAUACUACAGAUUGCAUGACGAAGACUCCAUUCUCAGGAGCCGUGCCCAGACCCGCGAUCGAAUCAAAUGGCUUAAGGAAAGCCCAUCAGAUCCGCUUUUGAACCAAAAUUGA